AAAAUAAAUAAAUCACAAAACCCUAAAUUUUAUUAUCAUCUCAUCUACUCCCAUGCUGACAUCAACCCUCUCAACUCAAGCCUCCACCACUACCCGUGCUCCACCCUCACAAACCCUCAUUGCCGUCGCCGACCUUGCUGUCUCCCCAUCGCUGCCACUGCCGUCGCUGCUGCUGCCACUGCCGUCGCUGCUGCUGCCACUGCCGUCGUAGCCCUAGCUGCAGUCGCCUCCACCCUUGCUGCCGUCGUUGUCGCUGCUGCUCUCUUCUCAGCCGUCUGCUCCAGCCUUUGAAUUUUGUUUGAACAGGGGUUUGAAGUUGGAAUCUAUACUAGGAGGCAGAAGGAAAAUACCAAGUAUUAAUUUGUGCAGAAGAUUGGCUUCGUGCUUUUUAUGGUCAAGCUAGAUAUUCAAGAGUUUUCACUAACUGAAAGGCUUUGUUAAUACAUAAAUUUUCUUAAUCUUGAUGCUAGACUGUGAUGGUUACUGGUUACAUGUUAGUUUCAUUAACAGAAAGUAGCAUCUUUUGCAAUGUUCUGCCAAGGUAAAAGUUUUGGCACCGACCAUGGGUUUAUUGCAUCGAAUUAUUCCAUCUUUGCUUUCCAGACAAGUUAAGAAUCCUAGCGAUUCAUGUCUAUGCAGUCAUCAAAUACUGGUAACUCGAUUCGUUCACAAUGAUGCAAAACCAGAUGGUGAUGCAAUUGUAUAUGCCAUCUGUGAUUCGUUAAGGAGGGGCCAUAACUGGGUCUCUCUGAGUGGAAAAUUUCAGUAUGUCGAGCUUAAUCAUUUACUUGUUGAAAAGGUGCUACUAGAACUGAAGGAGCCAAUUGAUGCAAAAAGGGCUCUAGGAUUCUUCCAUUGGUCAGCACAAAGGAAGAACUUUGUACAUGGGGUUUGGUCUUACUGUCUCAUGGUUAAUAUAUUAGUUCGAGCCCAACUACUUAAUGAUGCUCAAGCAUUGCUUGAAUCAAUUUUGAAGAAAAAUGUAGAAGAUUCUUCUGAAUUUUUGAUUGUAGAUUCCUUGCUUGAUAGUUAUAAGAUUAUUGUCUCAAGUCCGUUGGUAUUUAACUUGUUGGUACAGGCUUAUGCUAAGUUGAGACUCUUUGAGAUUGGCUUUAAAAUUUGCUUCUAUUUGGAAGAACAUGGGUUCUUUCUGAGCCUCCUAAGCUUCAACACUUUGAUUCAUGUUGUUCAAAAAUCUGAUCAGUACCCACUUGUCUGGAAAAUUUAUGAGCACAUGAUACAUAAAAGAAUUUAUCCAAAUGAAGCAACAAUCAGAACCAUGAUCAAUGCUUUAUGCAAGGAAGGGAAGUUACAGAUGUUUGUGGACAUAUUGGAUAGAAUUCAUGGAAAAAGAUGCCGCCCAUUAGUGAUUAUUAAUGCUUGUAUGGUUUUUAGAAUUUUACAGGAGGGAAGAGUUGAUGUUGGUAUUGGUAUAUUGAAAGGGAUGCUACAAAAGAAUAUGAUUCUUGAUACGGUUGCAUACUCUUUGAUUGUCUUUGCAAAAGUCAGGCUUGGGAAUUUGGACUCAGCAUUAGAGGUUUAUGAGGCCAUGCUCAAGCGAGGUUUCAAUGCAAAUUCAUUUGUGCAUACUGUAUUAAUAGGGGCUUAUUGUAAUGGAGGAAAAAUCGAAAAAGCAAACCAGUUGUUUGGAGAAAUGGGAACCAUGGGUUUGGAGCCAUAUGACGAGACUUUUAACUUUCUCAUUGAGGGUUGUGCUAAGGCAGGAAGAGUAGAGGAAUGUUUGAGUUACUUUGAGAAAAUGAUUGAGAGAGGACUUGUUCCUAGCCUUUUGGCUUUCAACAAGAUGAUAGCAAAGCUAUGUGAAACUGGGGAAGUAAACCAAGCAAACACUUUCCUAACUCGUCUAUUAGAUAAAGGGUUCUCACCCGAUGAGACAACAUAUUCAUAUCUUAUGACUGGAUAUGAGAGAGACAAUCAGAUACAGGAAGUUCUCAAACUCUACUAUGAGAUGGAGUAUCGACCACUCUCUCCUGGAUUACUUGUUUUCACUCCCUUGAUUAGGAGCCUCUGUCAUUGUGGAAAACUAGAGCAGGCAGAAAAGUAUUUAAGAAUUAUGAAAGGUCGUUCACUAAAUCCAAGUCAGCAAGUUUACGAGGCACUGAUUGCUGGCCACCUGGAGAAAAGUGAUACAGCAAGGGCUCUUCAGCUUUACAAUGAGAUGAUCUCCAAAGGAUUUACGCCUUGUUGCUCGUACAAUUUUGGUGCCGGUGUGUAGAACAUGAGUUGGAGGCAAAUUUGAAUUAAGCAUUUCAAUGUGGAGAUCCAAAUGUAUUUGCAGGGUGUUUCGAUUGAAUUUGAGCAAGCUGCAGAUAGUAGGGAAGUGCUCUGCAGGCUGGGUGCUAAACCAGUGGGUCUGCAGAAUCAUGAUUACAAUCUGAAAGAAGGAUGGCUGAAGACUGAAGUCUAUAUCUACUAAAACAUUUCUUCCAGAUUUGAAUAGGAAAAUGAGCAAAAGAGAGUAAUAUUUUUGAUCCAAAGGAAGAACAGAUAAUGAAAACCUUGCUGCAUAUUAAACCUCAAUGAUGCUUGCACAAAAAAAGAAUCUUGUGAAUUCGGGAGAAUUACUUACCAAAGUUUAAAUUUUGGUAGAAUGUUAGUCAUUUUUUACUUGACUCCAAAACUUGUAGAAAGAGGUAGUUCUUACUAGUUGUUGCAAGGAGUUGGGGUUGACUACCAGAGUUUGUAAUGAAUUUGUGAAGUUGGUCCCUUUGGACUGUAGAAGUGUUUGGGUUUUGACUUCUUUAUGAAACUAUCUGAUUUCUGCCUUUCUUUGCUAAACUUCUACUUCUGGAUACAGUUAAAGUAAUUAAAAGAUAUUGGCUGCGAGUGAUUUUGAAGCAUUAUGAGCGGAAGCAAAUAAUUGGUGAAGACAAUAAGAUUACAAGAAAGAGAAGCAGAGUGAGGAGAAAGAGAAGGCUGCAUAUGCGUUGAGUUAGAAAUCCCGGGAUGAUGGCUUGUUUUGGUGAACAACUACAAGAAAGAGAAGCAGGGAGGACUUCUGAGGAAAAACGAAUAGCUGACUGCAGACUGUGGAUCUUGCCUACUCAUGAUAGAUAAAUGCACAUCCUUCCUGGUAUGGAACACAUUUCUUGCAAAUAUAAAAGCAUGGAAGUUAGUUCAACUGGUGGUGUGGAUAAGGUGUCCAUUACAUUCGUUUUAGCCCUCUUUUUUGUAAUUGCAGUAUUUACUUUUCUAUAGAGGAACGGUGGUUAGUUUGCCUUUCUCCGACUCUUUACACAUUAAGCUUGCAUAAAGUGUGUUUGGGAUAUAAGAGUUAGUGUGCCUCUUUAAACUUACCAUGGUUUUAAGGUGUGUACGUGUCUCUUCUCUGUCCUGUGUGUAUUUAUGUGUAUAUUCAUUUUAAAGAAACAGUGUGUUUGCUGGAACAGAGAGGGAAGGAUGAAGUACUUGAAUUGGGUUUUGCAAGUGAUUUGAUAAAUGGUGAUGAGUGGUACUUGCUACAGCUAUUUACUUUAAAAAUUCUUAGGAGACUCGGUCUAUCACGUCAUCUAUAGACAAAACUAAUUAGAGAUAUGUGGUAUUAUUUAUUA